AUGACGGAAGAGAUAGAAAUAUUAUUUUGGAAAGUUUUUAAAAAUAAAUUUAUAUUCAACGAGAUACUCAAUCAAGUUCACAACAAUCGAUGGAUUGAAUAUGAUGAACCAUAUAAUUAUAAUGUUUACAAUAGAUGUAAAUUUAAAUAUACAUACUCUUUACAAAUAAUGAUAAGAAAUGGUCUACUCCCUUUAAUUAAAGAUAAAAUCAAACAUGGUGAUCAUAUAGAAAUAGAUCAUAAUUCAAUAAAAAUUCUUUUUUUAAAAUUAUCAAAAACACAACCAAUACAACCAUAUAAUCAAAAAGAAAUAACUCUUUUUAAUAUAUCUAAUAAUAAUAAUAAUAAUAAUAAUAAUAAUAAUAAUAAUAAUAAUAAUAAUAAUAAAUAUAAAGAUGAAGAUUAUUUAGAAAUUAUUGAAUUAUUUAUGAAACAUAGAAGAGAUCAAUUUGAAAUUACUGAUUUAAUAAAGAUGGCAGUAAUUACAAAUUCUCCAGAUGUUAUUAGAUUAUUAGUUAAUGAACCAUAUUCAGUUAUAAUUUAUCCAACAGCAUUUAAAUUUGCAAUUAUAAAAUCAAAUUUAGAAACAAUUAAAGAACUAAUAAAUUUAGAAUCAAUAAAUUUUAAAAAUUAUGGUAUUAAAUUAAUCAGUGAAAAAUUUAAAAGAAAAUCAUUAUCAUUAGCAGCACACAGAAAAACUCUUAAAACUUCAAUCACUGAAUACAUUUUUAAUAAUCCAUCAUUAUAUUCAAUACCACCACCAUUAUCAUUAAUAAAUAAUCAAAAACAACAAACACAAUCAAAAAAUAAAAGAUUAAAACUAUCUGAAAUUUUACUUUCAAAUUUUAAUAACAAAAACGAUAAUACUACUAGUGAAGAAGAUGAAAAUGAUGGUGUAGAAGAUGAAGAUGUUCAAGAAAAUGAAGACGAUGGUGCCGAAGAUGAAGGUGAUGAAGAUGAAGGUGAAGAUGAUGGUGAUGAAGAUGAUGAAGAAGAAGAUGAUGAUGAUGAAGAUGAAGAUGAAGAUGAUGAUGAUGAUGAUGAUGAUGAUGAAGAUGAAGAUGAUGAAGAAGAUGAAGAUGAUGAAGAAGAAGAUGAUGAUGAAGAUGAAGAAGAUGAAGAAGGUCAUGACAAAAAAAUAAAGUAUGAAUAUAUUAAAUUUGAAGAAUUUAUAAAAUUAAAAUCAAGCAUUUUAUUAAAAUCAUUUAUGGAAUUAGAUAUAGUAAAAGGAGAGUUUAAAAAUAAUAAUGUGAAUUCAUUUCUCAAAAUGUAUCAUCCAUAUGAAAGAUUAAAAGUUAAUAUUCAAAUUAUACUAAAGUAUGGAACUCCAUCAUUAGAUACAAAAGAAACAAAAGAGAUUUUAGAUAAAAUAGAUAAUAUUGAUCAAAAAGAUUCAAAUCAUUUAUUAAAAUUACAAGAAUUUGCAGCAUUACAUUUCCCAAAUCAAAAAAACUUUUAUUUUUAUUAUUCAAAGAAGUAUGGUGGAAAAAUUAAACAACUUGGUAAAGUACCACCAAAAACUCCUCCUCAAGGCUCAGGUUCUGGAAUUCUACAAUACCAUCAUUUUUACAAAAAUGAAAGUAGUUUUAAUAAUCAAGAUGAAAGUGAACAAGAUGAAGAAAAAGAAGAAGAAGUUGAUGUUGGUAUUCAAGAGGAAUUCGAAAUAUAUUCAGAUUUGGAAAUUGAAAAUGAAGUUGAAGAAGAAGUAAACGUUAAUAAACAACGAGAGUUUUUUAAUAAUUUUAAUAAAUUUAGAAAAGCAACAGUUUAUAAUUUAUCAGAAAGAUAUUCAUCUGUAACUUCAAUUUAUUUAAAUGCAAUGAAAGAAGGAGAUAUUGAUACAAUGGAAAGAUUAGAUAAAAGUUGGAAUCCAGUAAUUAGAUUAGAUGUUUCAAGAUUUCAUUAUUUCCAAUUACCAAAAGAAAAAGAAGUUUUAAUGAAAGUUUGGGAUUAUUUAAAUGAACACUCUUUUAAACAGAUUGGUAAUAAUUAUGAAAUUCUCAUGGAAUUCUUCUCAAGUGUAACAGAUGUAAUAUCACCAUUAGAUUUGAAAAUUAGUAAUCUUGAAGAUUUCAUUAUGAAGAGAUUAGGUUUAAUAUUAUUUAAUACAUUAAUUAUAAAUAAUUUAAAUGUAUUUCAAUUAUUAUUAAAUAGUUUUGACAACUUCAAUUUUUUAAGUGAAUUAGUAGUGGAAGUGAACAAUCUUUUAAAUAAAGAAAAGAUUUUAUUUGGUAGUGGUGGUAAAAUCAUGCAAAUUGAUAAUAAAUAUAUCAAUCAAUUAAUCAAAUCAAUUGAAAUGGCCGUGGAAAAGUAUAAUAAAUUCAUUUCUGAACCAAUAGAGAAUGGAGUAGAAUCAUUUAGCAUCAUUUUAAAUCAUUUAUACGAUCAAUUAAUUAGAAUUAAAGGUAUAUCAGUCGAUCAAUUAGAUUAUAUUAGAUCAAUUAUUCCUGAACAAUUAUUAGCAUUCAAAUGUGAACUCUAUCGUACCUUUUUCUAUCUCAAUAUCAGAUCUCGAAAAUUAACAAAAUACAUACUCACUAGGCCUAGAAUUAGUCUGUAUACUGAAGGCACUCCAAAUCAUUACGCAAAUCAUUCUGGUCUCUACAAUAUCCAUUCAAAUCUAGGACCUUCUGCAUUAGAUUUAAGAAAAUAUUUAAAAUUAGAUAUAUUCACAUAUGAUUAUAUUUUAGGUAGAGAGAAUUCAAGUAGUAGUGGUAGUGGUGCUGAUGACAAUAAUAAUUAUAAUAAUAAUAAUAAUAAUAAUAAUAAUACCAGGAAGUUUAUAAAUCAAUUCGAUACAAUAUUAAAAGAAUUAAUUAAACAAUUAUCAUUUGAUAUUUGUACAAACGUUAGUAACAGAGAUAGUAUUGUUGAUGGUAAAGAUUUCUUUAAUUAUUCAUUAAAUGCAGAUUUAAGAUUUAGUUUAGAUAUUGGUAGAAAAGAUUUAUUUUGGGAAUUAUUAGAUUGGAUUGAACAAUAUAUGAUUAAAAAUGAAAAUUUAAUGAAGUAUCAAGUUUAUCAAUUCAAUUCACCAUAUGAAUCAUUAUUACCAACUGGUGCAAUAUUUUUAAAUGUAAAAAUAAUAAAAUUACCAUCACCAAAAACAAAAACAACAAAAACAAUUGAAAGUAGAAUAUUAAAAAUUGAUAAUUUUGAAAAACCAAUACCAAAUGAAUCAUCAGUUAAAAUUGGUUGGAAUACAGAUAAAUUAAUUAAACCAUUCAAACCAAUUUCAAAACUUAUAAAUUCAUUUAAAUUCCAACAGGAUGUCAUAGAAUCAAUUUGUAAAGUAAUGAAUGUAAAUGAAAUUCAAAGAUUUAUACAACACAAUUUUUUUGUAUCAAAUUUCCAACUUUUAAUAUACACAUAUGCAGCAUAUAAUAAUAGAGAUGAUAUAAUGUCAUUCCUAUUAAAUAAUUAUAAUAUCAAAUUCAAUGCAUUUCCAACUUUCUCUGAAGUAAAUAAGAAUUAUUCACAAUAUUUAGAAUAUUGGCUUGAAAAAAGAUAUUUUGAAUUUCCAUUGGUUUUAUUAAAUUCUUUUGUUGUAUACCUUUGUGAUCAAGAUAAUAUCUCAGACUAUAAUCAAUUCAUUCAAAAUAAUAGUUUACAAAUUAGAAAUAAAGUAAUGAAAAAAACAAUUAUUAUAUUAAUGGAGAUACUUUAUAAUGAUGAAGAUGAAGAUUAUAAUUUAGAUAAGAGUUUUGCAUCGUUAAUAAAAUAUGAAAAUCAUAAAGUUUCACUCAUUAAAUCAAUUAUUGAACAAUCAGAUACUCAAUUAUACUUUAAAUCAGCUUUGGUUCAAUCUUUAUUAGAAUUAAAAGAGAGAAGAAAAAUUAGAACUCGAUCCAUUGAUUAUGAUGAAAAUCCAUUCAUACAUGCUUUUAUUAAUGGUGAUAUUAAAACUUGUAAUCUCAUUCUUAAAUAUUAUCCAAAUCAAUUCAAAAUCACUAAAAAUUUAAUUAGUGAUACUUUACGAAUGAAAAAUAUUCAUAUUAUUAAAUAUUAUUAUAAAGUUGGAAAUUUUAAUGAACCAUAUUCAAUUAUAAUUUAUCCAACAACAUUUGAAUUUGCAAUUAAAUGUUUAAAUUUAGAAACAAUUAAAGAACUAGUAAAUUUAGAAUCAAUAAAUUUUAAAAAUUAUGGUAUUAAAUUAAUUAGUGAAGAAUUUAAAAGAAAAUCAGCACGUAGAAAAACUCCUAAAACUACAAUCGCUGAAUACAUUUUUAGUAAUCCAUCAUUAUAUUCAAUACCACCAUUGUCAUUAAUAAAUAAUCAAAAACAACAAGAGCCGUCAACAAAUAAAAAACUAAAAUUAUCUGAAUCGAAUUUAAAUAAAAAGAACAAUAUUAAUAACAGUGAUAAUAGUGAUAAUAGUGACGAAGGAAGUGAAAAUGAUGAGGAAGAUUAUGAAAAUGAAAAUGAUAUUGAUAGUGAUAAUUGUGAUAAUAAUGAAGGAUGUGAAAAUGAUGAAGAAGAUGAAGAAAACGAAGAUAUUGAUACACAACAACAACAACAACAACAACAACAACAACAACAACAACAACAACAACAACAACAACAACAACAACAACAACAACAACAACAACAAAAACAACAACAAAAACAACAAAUACAACUACUACAAGUAAAAAAUGUUAAUAAACGACGAGAAUUUCUUAAUGGUUUUGAUAUACCAUUAACUUUUAAUGAUUCAUCCAGUUCACUAAAAACCUUACUUUAUUUAAGUGCAAUGAGAGAAGGAGAUGUUGAUAAAAUCAAAAUGUAUGAUGGUGCUUUUAGUGCAAGAUUUAGAUUGGAUGUUUCAGGAUUUCAUUAUUUCAAACUACCAAAAGAAAAAGAAGUUUUAAUGAAAGUUUGGAAUUAUUUUAAUGAACACUCUUUUAAACAGAUUGGUAAUAAUUAUGAAAUUCUCAUAAAAUUCUUCUCAAGUGUAACAGAUGUAAUACCACCUUUAGAUUUGAAAAUUAGUAAACUUCAAGAUUUCAUGAUGGGGGGAUUAAGUUUAAUGUUAUUUAAAUCAUUACUUAAAAAUAAUUUAAAUGUAUUUCAAUUAUUAUUUAAUAGUUUUGAUAACUUUAAUUUUGGAACUGGAGAACUAGGUCAAAUGAGAGAUUUUAUUAAUAGAGAAAAUGUUUUAUGUUGUAAACUGAAGGAACUUGAUAAUAACUAUAUCAACAAAUCAAUCAAAUCAAUUGAAAUGGUUGUGGAAAAGUUUAAAAAACCCAUUGAUAAACCAAUAAAGGAUCGAGUGGAAUCAUAUAGCAUCAUUAUAAAUUAUUUAUAUGAUCAGUUAAUUAGAUUUAAAGGUAUAUCAGUCGAUCAAUUAGAAUAUAUUAGAUCAAUUAUUCCUCAACAAUUAUUUACAUUUAAAUUGGAUGUCUAUCGUAUCUUUUUCCAUCUCAAUAUCAGAUCUCCAAAAUUAUCAAAAUACAUACUCUCUGGGCCUAAAAUUAAAAUGUUUAAUCAAAGACGUCGAAAUGAUUCUGCUUUCUACAAUUAUUUAAAACAAUAUUUAAAUUUAUAUUUAUUCACAUAUGAUUAUAUUUUGGGUAGAGAUAAUGCAAAUAAUAAUAAUAAUAAUAAUAAUAAUAAUAAAAAGUACAUAACUCAAUUCGAUACAAUAUUAAAAGAAUUAAUUAAACAAUUAUCACAUGAUAUUUGUACAAACCUUAGUAAUAGAGAUGAGAUUGUUGAUGGUAAAGAUAGAGAUUUCUUUAAGCAUUCAUUAAAUGCAGAUUUAAAAUUCAGUUUAGAUAUUGGUAGAAAAGAUUUAUUUUGGGAAUUAUUAGAUUGGAUUGAACAAUAUAUGAAUAAAAAUGAAAUUUUAAUGAAGCAUCAAGUUUAUCAAUUCAAUUCACCAUAUGAAUCAUUAUUACCAACUGGCAUAAUAUUUUCAAAUUUAAAAAUAAUAGAAUUACCACCACCAAAAACAACAGUAACAACAGUAACGACAUCAACAAUUGAAAGUAGAAUUUUAAAAAUUGAUAAUUUUGAAAAACCAAUACCAAAUGAAUCAUCAGUUAAAAUUAAUUGGAAUUCAGAUAAAUUAAUUGAACCAUUUAAACCAAUUUCAAAACCUAUAAAUUCAUUUAACUUCCAACAAGAUGUCAUACAGUCAAUUUGUAGAGUAAUGAAUGUAAAUGAAAUUCAAAGAUUUAUACAACACAAUUUCUUUGUAUCAAAUUUCCACAUUUUAAUUUAUUCAAGUGCAUUAUAUAAUAAUAGAGAUGAUAUAAUGUCAUUCCUAUUAAAUAAUUAUAAUAUCAAACUCAAUGGAUUUCCAACUUUCUCCAAGGCAGACAAUCAACAUUCACAAUAUUUAGAAUGUAAAUCCAUCUUUGAAAAUCAUUUUGAAAAAGUAAAGAAUAUUUCAAAAUUAAAAUUAGAAUGGUGUGAAAGUAGAGAUUUACAAUUCCCAUUGGUUUUAUUAAAUGCUUUUGUUGUAUACCUUUGUAACGAUCGUAAUUUCUCAACCUAUAGUGAAUUCAUUCAAAAUGAUAAUUUAGAAAUUAGAAAUAAAGCAAUUAAAGAAAUAAUUAAAAUAUUAAAGUAUCACUAUGAAGAUGAUGAGGAAGAAUAUAAUUUAGAUGAGAAUUUUGCAUCUAUAAUAAAAAAUCAAAAUCAUAAAGUUUCAAUCAUUCAACCAAUUAUUGAACAACCAGAUACUCAAUUAUACUUUAAAUCAGUUUUAGAUCAUGUUACAUUAAAAAUAAAAAAGGAAAGAAAAAUCUGUGGCGCUUAA